CUGAGAUUUCGUUGACAACAGAAUCGUCGUAGGUUUCAACGUUAAUCUUCAGAAAACCCCUAACCCUUGCUCAUAGUACGACGCGUUUUAUUUAUGAGAUCGUCCAAAUUCACAAACCCAAAAUGGCAUCAACUGGGACUCUCCAAUUCCAUCCCAUUUCUUUCCAGCUGCCAAUAUGGGCUUCAAAGCAUUCGAAUUUAGUGGAGCUCAGGCCGGAAUUCGGGCUAAGUAGUGGUGGGGUGAACAGGAGCCGUCUAAAGCCUUACCGGAAGUUGCUCGUAGUGAGAGCUGUCACCGGUUCGGCGGGUUGCGGGGGUGAGGACCAGAAUCACCUAGAUGAACCGGUGGUUAAGAGUGAGAGACUUACCGUGACUGUAAAAGACCGAGUUGCCAAAUUUCACGGAAUGAUAAGCUCUUUCCCGCCCCUGGUUUUCGUGAUGAAUAGAUACAGUGGGCGUAAUUUUGCAAUAGGGUUAUGUAUCGCAACUGCAAUUUUGUUCAUCACUGUAAGGGCAUAUGCAGCGAGGAAGUUGAAGUACAGCCGUCCUGGCUCUGUUGCUGAUCUUGUCAGACGUGGCCAGCUAAGAUCUGAUAGAAGAGGCAUCUCAAGUCCUCUCAAGUAUGAAGACCCAUUCAAUAAUCCAUUGGUGAAAGUUGGGAAAAACAAUUCAACCAUUGAAAUGUGUGGAAAGGUUUAUCGCUUAGCCCCAAUAACUCUGACGGACGAGCAACAAACCAUCCAUCAGAAAAGGAGGUCACGAGCAUACCAGUGGAAGAGACCGACAGUGUUCCUUAAAGAAGGGGAAUCCAUACCUCCUGAUGUUGACCCUGAUUCAAUUAGGUGGAUUCCUGCAAAUCAUCCUUUUGCAACUACAGCUAGUGAGAUUGAUGAAGACAUGGCACAAAAUAAUGUGAAUCAAAAGCAUGGUGUUCCAUUUCGUAUCCGAGCCGAGCAUGAGGCAUUGCAGAGAAAGCUUGAAGCACUACAAAUUGAGCAAAAACUCAAUAAUUUAGUGAUAGAUCCUAGAAAUGCUAAAGAUUUUGAGAGACCAUUCAAGGAGCACCCAAGGUCACGUGAGCAAAUAGAACAGAGCCCAUUUAAUCAUCAAACUGGUGAUUCUAUGCCUCCAAAAUCAGAUGGUGCCCCCCCAAUUUCAUUUGAAAGCAAGUCAUCCUCGGAAGAAACACAGAAACUUUGAGUUACAUCUGGCUUCUGGGAAUCCUACUGUCAUUUGUCAAAUAUAGAGUUGCUGUGCAGCGAACACUGGAUUUAUGAAUUGGCUUCCAAAUUUUUGUACUUUUUAACUUAGUCCGCCCCUGAUAUCCAAGUUAAAAGUCCAAGUCUGGACUGUAAAUAGAAUGCCACUACAUAUUUCAGUUUAUUGUACGUAGAUUGCGACGUAUUCUGUGGAGAGCUUACCUGCACCAUUUUCGUUUCA